CCCGGCAGCGCGGCGGGCGGAGAGAGAGCAGGGUCUCGCCGCCCGAUCUGUGGCAGCGCAGCCGGUGUCGGCGGCAGCCGGACCCCUCUGCCCCGCGGUCCGCCGUGCAGCGAGGCGGGCGGGAGCGCCUCUGCUGCCCAGCCCGAGCCGCCUGGGCGGACCACCCUGCCGGCCAUGGAGCUCUCGCUGCGGCUGCUCCUGGCGUCCUGCCUCUCCCUGGGGGCGGCCGGGGAGUUUGACAGAAGGUGGCCCAGACAAAUAGUCUCCUCCCCAGGACUGUGUCGGUUUGGAAGUAGAAUUGACUGCUGCUGGGGCUGGGCCCGAUUGUCCUGGGGACAAUGCCAACCUUUCUACGUCUUAAGGCAAAGAAUAGCCAGCCUAAGGUGCCAGCCCAAAGCUAUAUGCCAGCCAGGAUGCAAACAUGGUGAAUGCGUUGGGCCAAACAAGUGUAAGUGCCACCCGGGAUACACUGGAAAAACCUGCAACCAAGAUCUAAAUGAGUGUGGACUAAAGCCACGGCCAUGCAAACACCGGUGUAUGAAUACCUACGGCAGCUACAAGUGCUACUGCCUGAACGGCUACAUGCUUAUGCCAGAUGGAACGUGCUCAAAUGCCCUUUCUUGCUCGAUGGCAAACUGUCAGUAUGGCUGUGAUGUACUGAAAGGGGAAGUACGCUGCCGAUGUCCUUCUCCAGGACUGCAGCUGGGGCCUGAUGGCAGGACUUGUGUAGAUAUUGAUGAAUGUGCUACUGGGAGAGUUAUCUGUCCACGAUUUAGACAGUGUGUCAAUACGUUCGGAAGCUACAUUUGCAGGUGUCACAAAGGCUUUGAUCUAAUGUACAUCGGAGGCAAAUACCAAUGCCAUGAUAUAGAUGAAUGUUCCCUUGGCCGCCAUCAGUGCGGUAGUUUUUCACGAUGUUACAAUACACCAGGAUCCUACAAAUGCAAGUGUAAAGAAGGGUACAGAGACAAUGGAACAAACUGCAUACAAAGGCCAGUGACCAGGCCGACGACUCGACCUACACCCGUGCCGACGACUCGACCUACACCCGUGCCGACGACUCGACCUACACCCGUGCCGACGACUCGACCUACACCCAGGCCGACGACUCGACCUACACCCAGGCCGACGACUCGACUGACACCAAAGCCAACCAUUAGGUAUGUGCCGAUGACAACAAGGCCAGUAACGAAGCCAGUGACAAGGCCUCCACUUCCAACAGCACCUCAGUCUACGACGUUAAGACCUACACUACCACCACAAAGAACUCCUCAGAUAACAACUGAAGAGCCUUCACAUGUUCCCUUUGAAACUACACCUUCCCAAGGAAUUACAGAUGACAACAGGAUCCAGAGAGAUCCUCAGAAACCCCGAGGAGAUGUGUUCAUUCCGCGCCAGCCUGGAGUGAGCAAUAAUCUCCUUGAAAUACUUGAAAUUGAAAGAGGGAUUACCGCCGAUGAAUUUGAAGCAAACGAUGACCCAGGGGUGCUGGUGCACAGCUGUAAUUUUGAUAGUGGACUGUGCGGAUGGAUCAAGGACAAAGAUGACGACUUGCACUGGGAACCAGUGCGAGAUGCGUCAGGGGGACAGUAUCUUACCAUCCCUGACCCCAAAGGCAAAGAAGGAAGAGUAGCGCAUCUCAUCCUGCCCUUGGGUCACACGCCUCAGGCCGGUGACUUGUGCCUCUCGUUUAGGCAUAAGGUGCCCGGCGGGCAUUCUGGUGCCCUCCAGGUCUUUGUAAGGAAAAACGUCGCUCACGGACCAGCUGUUUGGGGAAGAAAGGGUGGCCAUGGCUGGAGACAGACACACAUAACUUUACGAGGACAAGGCAUCAAGAGUGUUAUUUUCAAAGGGGAGAAAGGGACAGGAAGAACUGGGGACAUUGGACUAGAUGAUGUGAUCUUGAGGAGGGGACGCUGCUCUGAAGAGCAUUAGCAAAGACAAUGGACCAGCACAGUCAUCUCCUCUAGGCCUUCUUGUGCUGUUCCUACCAAGCUUUGAAGCAGAACCGCACAAAAAAGAAGAAAAUGGUCUGCUAAGUGCAAUCUCACUGAAACGUCAUUUAAAACCAUGGAGAGACCAUCCCAGGAUUCAGGAACACCAACCCCAUACGCUGGCUGUUUCUAUUAAUCCUUACCCCUACAUCAUAUUCUGUAUGUCAUAACUUUGUCCCCUGUUAAGCUGGUGAGUGCUCGCACAACCAGCACUUGUGAAAAAGGGAGAAUUAAUUACAAAUGGCGGCAAAAGAAAGCUCCAGCUUAGAAAGGUUUAGUAGUAACAGACAGUCAAGAGUAGCUAGUGCUACUCUUUCAUUGAUUAGAUUCGAUAGACAGUGGGAUUGAUCUAGCUUCCGAGUCACCUCAGAUUAGCGUAAGGCCGGACCUGGCCUUUGGCUUACUGCCAUCGACCUUUGAAGAAGGGUUUGCUUCAUAUUAAAUAGCAUUUAUUUUGGCGUUGCAUCUGUAGUAACAAAAAGCAGUUAUAUCGAGUAGGCGCUGCAUCCUGUAAUAUUGCUACUGCUGUGUUUUGUGUAUAUGUGUAUGGUUAUUAACAUAUUUAUGGUUUUAAUAUUUACAGACUCUAGUUGCAAGGUAAUUGGCAGCCGCGCUUUCUUAUUGUACAAGACGGCAUAUUCUUUGAUCCCGCUGGUCGUGCUGAUAGAUACGUUACCAAAGUCAGUUAAUGGUGCUCACUGAAAAAUGCUGGUGCAGUUUUUCAUGUUGUAAUAUGCUGAAGGCAAAAGACCAAACCCUUACCUGAUAUAAACUGGCAUCCCAUAAUGCUGGACACGUUUGCGUGUAGCUCAGGAGCCAGCCCUAAAGGGCCCUCAAUCCUGCAAGAAACUCCUGGUUCAGCUGAAGACGGAGCAGCCUGGAGAAGACAACUGGCAUCUUGUAAGACUGAGCCCGUUGACGCUACCGGGAACGUUCCCUUGCCGCAGGUGGGACAAGCCUACGCGGAAGCAAACAGGGCAGUCGCCGUAACGCUGUAUGAACAACUCCGACUGUGAAAUGCCUUGAGCGACCUUUGUCAAACGUCCAUAUUCCAUCCAACUCUUCUGUAUAUAAUAAACAUUUUAUUCUUUAGAACUAGAACAACUAUUAGCUCUACCUGGAACUAAAUAUUUAUCAGAACUUUGGACUAAUUUCUUAGUUAUGUAUCAUGCAGGUGCAGUUUCCCAGGGAAUUCUUCUGUUUGGUUUGUGGUUUUUUAAAUAAGGAACGUUAUCAUCAUCAUCGCUGCGAACAAUUCUAGAUUUGACAAAGUAAUUGUAACGUUUAAGAAAAUGACAAGAGGUUGAUAAAAUGUUGUUAGUUAAAUACGAUCUAGAAUAAAUGUCAGCUUCAUACCAUGUUACAAAACCAUCAUUGAAAAAAAAAAAAACAAUUCAUGUUAAGUCUUGCACAAAGUCCACAGAGACAAAAUUGCGAGACCAUUAGAGGUCACAUUCCAAUCUCCUGUUUUUGACAAACUACUGUUUUGAAAAUAUUUUUGAGUUUGUCCCCUAGGGGAAAGCACAGUACAUAUGGCAGAAGGAAGUUUGACCAAACAGAUAGUCUCCUGCAAAACUGUACCAACAAACAUUUUGAAAAGGAAAAAACAAUGCAUUUGUAAACAUUUUUAAACUAUUUUGCUUCAAAUACGAUCUUGGGUUUUUUCCUCUAACAUUACUUUGUAAUAUGUCAGAAAUAUUUGUGAAUAAUUGAAAUACCUUGUUGUUAUUUUAAAGUAAUCAGUAAAGGAGGCUGUUACUUGCUA